AUGGCCCAAGGAAGUGGGAAUGUUAGGGAAGACAUCAUUGUGGAUGGGUCAAGGAAGAUUCCAUCAGCAGAUUACCCUUUACUCCUGGGACUGGUUGACAGGGUGGACCCGUCUUCCCCCCCAUAGGGACGCCUUUGGCAUUUCGGUUUUUGGCUGGAAGAAAUCAAGAAAAGAUGGACUGGAAUAUAAGGCUGCUCCAGAAUGCUGAUGCAAAGAACCACCUGCGAAGUGAAGAAACAUGUUACAAUCAGUUGCUUUCUAAUACACAUGCUUUUCCUCAGACAAAUGCCUAUUCUUCUAACAAUGCGUGCACUUAUGCUGGAAAUAACCAAGUAGUGUAUCAGCCAACUAGCAAUGCUGCCUUCCUUCUUGUAAAUGCUGAACGAUUCAAAACUUCAGAUCGGGUCUUACCAGGAGCAUCUGUCUCAGUUGAUCGACGUCCACUGUGCUGCGUACCAGUAACUCAGAAACCUCCCAGUCCAACAUCACGUAUGUGGGCGGAGAUGACUCAGACUUCUUUGCCAAAGUCUGAUGCCUACUUUUAUUCCCGCAGUGAUUUACCUCCCAUGUCUUCUGAAAGCAAUGCUGGAAAUAAUGUGAGGAAUGUACAUUGGGAAUUUCAGUACGCCAGCACAAGCAGCUAUGCUGUGCAGCCACAAAUACAACCACAUAAUUCUAUGAGAACUCCAAUGUUAUAUCAAAGUCACAUUAAUUCCCAGAAUAAUUCUAUGUCUCUUGGUACAUCUGGGCAACAUGUCCAAAACAAAAUAUAUCAUCCCAACACUCAGUUUAAAGUUUUAAACUCCCUGAAUGAGAAUACUGAACCAAAUGUACAGCUGCUACACUGUCGACCAAGUCAGAUGGGAUCAGAAGCUCCUAGUGGAUGUUCUGCACUACCUUUGUUGCCUGCCAAUUGUGAUUCAAGUGCUGCAGCACAAUCUUCAAUGGGUGUACCACAGGCAGGUCAAAAUGUGCCUAAUGGAUACAGCCGUAGCCAACUGCAGCGCCCAUCAGAUCCAAAAAAUGCUUCUGGUUUUAACAGUGGUCAGCAACACUGUCAGAAACAGCAAUCUGGAGAUGUCAGUCAGUCAGUUAGGAAUAUGUGUAAUUCAAGUGGAAACAUGACAGCAAGUCAGCCUUUUAAUGAAAUGUCUGUGCCAUCCCGUGGCGUUGCCAAAGAACUGUGUAAUGUGCAAGAAAUGGAAACUUUUUGUUCAAUGGCUGCUUCAAAGCCACUGAGUGAUCCUGCUUCAGCUCAAGAAGGCCAGGCUAGUAGUUUAAUGAAUGGGCCUGUUAAUUCUCAGUUGUUUUCAGCAGCAGCACAAGGAAGAACAACUGCAAAGGACAGACUAGAUCAGGAAGCUCAAAAACUUCUCACUAUUAAAAAAAAAUAUGUCCUGCUUGAAAGGAUACAUCGGUAUAAAAGAAGACUCUUAGAAGGUUCAGAACGUGACGAAAGUGUUCCCCCGUUUCCUCCUCCAAGUUAUUAUGCUACUCUUAGUAAUUUUCUUCCACAGAUGCCCAACCAAGAUGUACCACCUUCCCCACCUGAAACAGUGAGGACGGCGUGUCCAAUACUUAACUCUUCUCUUGAAGAAAUAAACGACAAAAAUGCAGCCAGUGCUGACAACAGAGGAUUACAGGUGACUCAAAGUAACCCUGAGGUAGAGCAGAGAAGCCUUUCAUCAAGCUCCACUUCUGUUCCUUCUCAGAGCAAACUCUCAGCCCAGUUAUAUAAUUCUGAGAGCACUCCCAUCUCAAAACAAAGGGACACAUAUGGCUUGGUCUCUUCUCAAAAACCUGUGACAUCUUUGAACAAUGCUUCGUGUUCCAGUCAGGUGGAUAAAUCUGUCAAAACUGCAUCAAAGAAAGUGCCAGCUAACUCCAGGAACUCAUCACUUCUUCAUGUUUUACUGAGCAGCACAGAUGUAUUGACAGAGGAGACAAUUGGUGCUGCUUUUGGUAAAAUACUGACUAGUCCCCCGUGUAGUGAAACAACACAGGUAGAUUCAUCUGUCUCAGAUGGAAGCUUACAAAAAGACACUAAUGUGAAGGUAGAAAGUUUGCAAGGUGAGCAGGUGUCCAAGGUUCACAUGAAUAAUACAGGAGUGAUUCCUGUAUCAGAAACAACCAAAUCUGGUGAAGCUAAAUUGCAGAGUGAUGUAGAUCAGAAAAAAACACCACUUACUGGAAAUGCAUCUUUUAAACAGAGCAAUGAUAGUUGCUCUGUGGAAGAGCUGACUACGUGCCUGGGCUCAUUGAGAAAGCAUCUGUCAGAAUCUGUAAGGGUGCAAAAUAGCCAGUCAAGUGAAAGCCCCACAGCAAAUCAGAUUUCACCUUACAGCCAAAACACAAAAAAUAGAGAACAAAAUAAUGUUCUGGUUAGUACAGAUGAAGCAGCUUUGCCUAUAACAACAGCUUCUGUAGGACAAAAACCUGAUACACUAAGUAGCAAUUUGAUAAAAGGUUUUGAACCCCAGGUUGCAGUUGUUUCACCUUUAGUACUCUCUGAGCAGAGAGCACAGAGUGAGCAGGCCGACAAAUGUCCCACAUCUGCAGGUAAAACCUGUCCAGUGAUUGACUCAGGAACCACAUACAGCUUUCAAGAAAAGGACAAAAAUGGCUUAAAUUUUUCUAGUAAAAUCUUUCAAGUAGAUGUAAGAGACCGUAAAGACAAGCAAGCUGUGUUAAAGGCAGGAAAUAAAUCCAUAGUUGUGUUGGAAGAGCAGAUGUUUUGUAUUUCUAGUGUAUGUACUCUUGUUGAAGGUGAUACGUUUUAUAAUCCACAAAUAGCAAGUAUCUUCAGGUCAGUCCCUGAGACACAAGCAUUAAAUGGUACCUCAUCAGAACAAAAUACAUCUGAUCCAAGGCAAAAGGAACAACAGCUGGACUUGUGUAGGAAUGAGCUAAGCAGUAAUGCUGUCCAGGCAGAGACCUUGCCACAAAAGAUGUUGCAAGAUUCAUCAAGCUGCAUGAGUAGAGCAGUUAAGACUUUGGAUGGUAUCACAACUAGUCUUUUGGAGAAAGAAAGCAGUGGCAGUCCUCUUAAAACAAUUUCUACCUCAAAGAAAAGUAAGUCAUUCAAUGCAUCUUUAAAGCAUCCUGAAAAUGACUUUGAAAUUCUUGCUAGUAUAAACCGGGAGUUAGCUAAAAAUUCAUUGGACUUCUCAAUCAAUGUAGCUGCUGAAAGGAAUGCAAUCAGUGUUCCAAGAGACAACAUUAAAGAAAAUUACAUAUCCAGUAAAAAUAGUACAGUAGAAGAGAUGAACCUUUUUCGACCAAAGCCUGUUAAAUGCCUAAACAAUCAGCUGUCUGAACUAGUGAAAGAGUUUCCAUAUGGCAUUGAAGGUGGUAGUGUGCUGAUGAAGGAACCAGUAAAAAAUGAUUCUGUGGCUGAGCGGAUAAAGAAUCAGCCUCAAAAAGAGAAUCAAAUUUGUGACAAGCAUUCUCAUUUGAAGGACCCAGUAGAUGUAAUGAAAAUUGUAGUGUUGAGCUCUAAUCAAAACCAAGAACUAUUUCCUGAACACAACCUGAAUUCCUCUAGCGAUGGCAAGGGAGUGGCGAGUCAACAGUCAGAAAAAGCUUCAGCUGAGAAGAAGAGCCUUGAAGGCAGUAUUCUGCCUGGUCAGAGUCUAUGUGAGGAGGCAAACAAAACACAAAAAAUUUCCAAGCCCAGGGAAAAAAAAAAAGACUGUUCUGUAAUGAGUUUGCUGUGUGAAGUACCUAAAAUUCCACAAUACCCUUGUAAACCUGAAAUGUGUGUUUCAGAGAAAAAUGAUCAACUUUCAAAAGCGGUAAAUACUAGCUCUGUAAAGGGACAAGAAAAUGACAGCAAAUCUGAUGCUAUAAUAAAAGACAUCUCUGCAGAGGGAAACCUGCCAUUUUCUGAAAAUAUCCCAAACAGUGUUAGCAAAAAUGAAGAUAUUUGCAGAUCCACCUCUGUAAUGAACGAAAAUGUUAGGCUAAAGGUGGAUGAUGAAUGCAAACCACUUACAACACAACAGGAAAAAAUUGGAUCGCUUACUUCCUGUGAAAACCAGGAAGUUGAUAAAUUUAAAAGCAGCAGCUGGAAGGAAGAGCUGCAAAUAGACAGAGAAACCCCAUUGUUAGGCAAUGAAUUGAAUUCUGAUAAAAAAGAACAUAAGACAACUUCAGAAGAGUUGUCAGAGAAAACAGCUGAUUGUAUGGAUGGUGAUAACACAACAAAGUUAUCCGGAAAGAGACUUAUCAAAAUGGAGUCCCUUUCAAAAGAUAAAACUAAAACGCAUUUAGCCAUGAAAUCCAAUCAGGAUGUUCACAAAUUUAUAAAGUCAGAAGCUGUUGAAAUUAAGCAUGAUGAAAUUAAUCAAGGACAAACCAUUAAAACCUCUGAUGAGAACACAGCUGAAGAACAGAACUGUGGGAAACAAAAGCAGGUACUUGGGCAAGAUGUAAGAGUUAACAUCAAAGAAAAUGCCAAGUUAUCAGCAGGAGUAAAACAUAAAAAGCAGAAUAGCUGUCGUGCUGAUGCUAUAAAGCUCCCAAAUUUUGGCACUGUAGACAUAAGCAACGCCAAAUAUUCUCAACAGGAAUCUAUGAAAGUUCUUCCUUCACAGGAGCAGUCACACAAACGGAAGAGGAAGCAAAAUGUGAUUGGGAACAGAAAACCUAAAAAAACAAAGGUGGAAGAAGAAAGACUGAAGCAAUCCAAAGCAGAGAAAUCUGAGCAGCUUUCAUAUAAUCACAUGAUAAAUACUGACAAAGCUAAAAAAUUGAAUGGAGAAAAUGGCAGGAAACCGAAGAGCUCAUUAGCAGAUUGUUCUGUGCUUAAACGACAGAGAAAAAGGGCUCGAUCUUCUACCAUCUCUAAAACCUACUUUUCUACCAAAGAGAGACAUCUCGAUGGUCAAAACAAAGACAAGUGCUGUGAGAAAAUGUUUCCUGAUAAAAACGUGCUAUACUUAAAUAGAAGAAAUAACAGAUUAAAAAUACAUCUUCAAAAGGAACCAAAAAAACACUACCUGAACAGAGUUGCAUUUAGGCGUACAACACAGGAACGCAUAUAUCUGACAAAAUUAGAGACAUCGCCUGUCAGACCCACCUGGCAUCUGAAGCACAAAGUGUCCCAAAACAGUGGUGUGAAAAGAGGUGCUUCUGUCUCAGAAGUUGAGAAGUCAUGCAACCUGGACAUACUAGAAUUUAAGCUGUAUCCAGAGAUACUGUUCAGAAAUCCAACCACUGAUGAAGAAAGAUCAGCUGCAAAGAAUUCCCUGGAAAGAGAGAAAGCCAUUGUGGCAGGUGUCAAGAGUAAAAGAGAAGAUUGGUUAAAAUGUGAUCCAGUGAAGCAAAUAAAGCUGGAAGAGAUUUGUACAGCUGAGGGCAGUAUUCCACUUGAUACAGCUAUGCAGAUCCUGGAUGGAGAUGGCGAGGCUCUCCGCAGCCCAAUCAAAGACUCAAAAGAGAUGUUUCAGACCUACAAGAAGAUGUAUCUGGAAAAAAAGAUGCAGAAGCCUUGAUAGCACUCAUGUAACAUAACAGUCUAUCACUAGGGAAUAAAAAAGGCAAGACUAAAAUGCUUUUUUUCUGUUUACUUUAUAUUUCUGAAUAAUUGUGGGGGAAAAAAAAAAGAGGUGUUGGAAAUUCCCCCCUUAUUUGCCUCAUAUUUGUGAACGAAUGAGAUCUUAUUCUGUAUUUAUUGCACAGAUAUGUUUUAGUGCUGAAAAUGCCAUCGUUAGAUGUCUUGUUUCUUCUUGGCAUGUUUGAUUAUUAUUUUUUUUUACGAUACGGAAUUCAGUCGAAUCUUGACCAAAAAUCCUCAAACGCAUUUACAUUACCAUAGUCUGGGUUUGUUUGUGAUUCUGGAAACCUUUUGUUUGUGGUCUGUUCCUUUGCUGGUAGUGGGAAAAUAUUCCUACAGGAAAGGGAUUGCAGUGGAUUCCCAAGCAUUACACCUCUAUUUCCUACAAAUAUGAUUGUUGUUCUUCUAACAAGGCUUUCUGUUUUUGAGACUUUUGUUUUGUUUAACUGGGCUUAAUAGUUUGAACUAUUAAACAAAUGUAAAUCCCUCAUAUCAAAUAUACAUACUGGGGAUACAGUGAGGUAUAUAUGCUGCUACCCAGUUUCCUUACACUUCUUUUUGUGGAACUUGUGUGAAGUGAACUUCACCUGAACACAUGCUGUAAAUUCAUAGCUGACUUCUCUUGUUUUUCUCUCUCUCUGCUUUCUUUACACUUGAAAGAAAAGUGAAUUGUUAAAGUGCAGGGAGUUUGAAUUCACUCUUGUCCGGACUAUGUUGCUCAGUUUAACCAGACUGUAAAUAAUUUCUUUGCUUCUAAAGUGUUAGAUAACCUUUGAGUACAGAUAAUUUUUGACUAAAGAUAACAUUUGACUACAUGUUAACUGUGACAUAACAGUUAUAUUUGUUGCUGGGUAUCUUUUGUUAAGUGCCUUGUCACUAUUGUUCGGAAUUUUUAGUUGAAUCAUAUUUUUUCAGAAAUUUGCUACUUGAUUCUAUCUGUUAAAACCUUUAUACUGAAAGUGAAAACUCUGUAGAUACUUAGUUGAAUGAUUUUUAUACUUGAAAUAAACUUUUGAAGGCUA